AUGACGAAUGCUAUCAAAGCAGUUGAAGAAGAGGGGUUGACAGUUAGACUUGCAGCAGAGCUAUAUGGCAUUCCCAAAUCAACACUUUAUGACAGGAUCAGGGGAAAUGUUCAACAUGGAACUAAACCUGGCCCAGUGCCGUAUCUUACAAAAGAAGAAGAGGUUAUUUUGGCUAAGUUUUUAAUCAAAUGUUCUCAGAUUGGAUUUCCCCGCACAGUUUCAGAAGUUCUUGCACUAGUAAGACAAACAAUUCAGUCAAAGGGUUUAAGUGACGUCUCAAUUUCUUAUGGAUGGUGGCAGAAAUUUUGUAACAGGCACAGUGAAUUAUCACUUCGUACUGCUGUACCUUUAAGUCUUUCGAGAGCCAUAGCCACUGAUAAUAGUGUCAUACAAAAGUAUUUUGAUAUACUUGAAGACACACUUAAAGAAAAUUCUCUAUUCAACAAUCCAACUCGCAUAUUCAACUGUGAUGAAACAGGACUCCCAUUGAAUCCUAAAUCUUUGAAAGUUGUGAGUGGUCGUGGAGCUAAGAAUGUCAGUCAAAUCACUGGAGAAGGGAAGUCUCAAAUCACAGUUCUGGCAUGCACUUGUGCAGCUGGAGUACCGUUGCCUCCAUUUGUAAUAUUUGAUCGUAAGACCUUUAAUGAUCAGCUAAUGGUAGGAGAAAUACCAGGUACACUUUACGGCUCAUCUCCAAAUGGAUGGAUCAGUAGAGAGCUGUUUUUGUACUGGUUUCAUAAGCUGUUUUUAACGAGUGUUCCUAGCGUACGUCCUCUCCUUCUCCUGAUGGAUGGUCAUUCUACUCAUUAUGGUCCUGACCUUAUCAAGAUAGCAGCUGAAGAGCAAAUUUUAAUAUUUGUAUUGCCACCCAAUACCACUCAUUUAACACAGCCACUUGACAAAGGGUGUUUUGGGCCAUUAAAAACUGCUUGGAAGGCUGUGUGUCAUGAGUUCUGCACUAAAAACCCUGGUUGUGUGGUAACCAGAUACAAUUUCUCUGUAUUAUUUGCUGAUGCAUGGAGAAGGUCAAUGACACAGAGAAACAUUGCAAGUGGCUUUGAAGUAACCGGCAUAUGUCCUUUCAACAGAAAUGCUAUUAAAACUGUUGGGGCAAGUGUGGACUAUAUCUUUAAGCCCAUCCAUCAUAAGAGGCAACCAGCAGAGACACCAACUGAUAAGCACAAAGAAACCAAGUAUGAAAAAGAACCCAACAGCAAGCCAGGUCAUGGUACCAGCCUCAUAAGAUACAUUUGUCAUCAUUUGAGUCUGACACGACUGUAUGAGGUGGCUGGUACACGUGAGGGUGAGGUUGGUAGCCAGCCUGAGGGUAUGGAGGGGCUUGGGGAGGUGGAUAACCAGGCUGGGGCGGUGGGGGGUAAGCAGGUUGGGGAUACUGUGGAGUACCGCUAUAACCUCCUGCCUGCUGCUGUUGUGGAGGAGGCUGAUAGUCGUACUGGGGAGGAGGAGCAGUUGAUGGCUGCUGAAGAAGAGGCUCCUUGUCAGAGUCAGACAUAA